GGCCGGGCCGGCGGGCGGCGGACUAUGAGGCGCCCACCAUGGUGCGAUGCGACCGCGGGCUGCAGAUGCUGCUGACCACGGCGGGAGCCUUCGCCGCCUUCUCGCUCAUGGCCAUCGCCAUCGGCACAGACUACUGGCUCUACUCCAGCGCGCACAUCUGCAACGGCACCAACCUGACCAUGGACGACGGGCCCCCGCCCCGCCGCGCCCGCGGCGACCUCACCCACUCCGGGCUGUGGCGGGUGUGCUGCAUCGAAGGCAUCUAUAAAGGGCACUGCUUCCGGAUCAAUCACUUCCCAGAGGACAAUGAUUACGACCACGACAGCUCGGAGUAUCUCCUCCGCAUCGUGCGCGCCUCCAGCGUCUUCCCCAUCCUCAGCACCAUCCUGCUUCUGCUCGGCGGGCUCUGCAUUGGCGCCGGGCGGUUCUACAGCCGCAAGAACAACAUCGUCCUCAGCGCCGGCAUCCUCUUUGUGGCUGCAGGCCUCAGUAACAUCAUCGGCAUCAUCGUCUACAUUUCCAGCAACACGGGGGACCCCAGCGACAAGCGCGACGAAGACAAAAAAAACCACUACAACUACGGCUGGUCUUUUUACUUCGGAGCCCUGUCAUUCAUUGUGGCCGAGACCGUGGGUGUCCUGGCCGUAAACAUUUACAUUGAGAAAAACAAAGAGUUGAGAUUUAAGACCAAACGGGAGUUCCUUAAGGGUCCCUCCUCGUCGCCCUACGCCAGGAUGCCAAGCUACCGGUACCGGCGACGGCGCUCGCGGUCCAGCUCCAGGUCCACCGAGGCCUCCCCGUCCCGGGACACGUCUCCGGUGGGGCUGAAGAUCACGGGAGCCAUCCCCAUGGGCGAGCUGUCCAUGUACACGCUGUCCAGGGAGCCCCUCAAGGUGACCACGGCCGCCAGCUACAGCCCCGACCAGGACGCUGGCUUCCUGCAGGUGCACGACUUCUUUCAGCAGGACCUGAAGGAAGGCAUGCACAUCAGCAUGCUGAACCGGCGGACCACCCCCGUGUGAGCCGCCCCCUCUCUGCUCCGGCCUCUCCCCAGAUGGGCUGGCUGCUUGGGUCCCACAGCGGGGGCAGCUGACCCUUAAGAUGAACUAAAGCCACACCCCACCCUCCCGGGUCUCCAGAAAGUGUGGAGGGCUGGCUCAGAGCGAAGCCCCCGGAGAUGGGAGCUGGAAGCAAGAAAGCUGACUUUAUCCCCCCACAAGGGUGUUCGGAUGCCCCCCCACCCCACCCCACCGGGUUCUGAAAUCUCCCA